AUGGAAAAAUCCGAAAUUCGUGUUCUUUUACGUCAUUACUGGAAACAAGGCCUCAGCGCAGCUGCAGCAGCAAAGAAGAUAUGCGAAGUUGAAGGCGACAAUGUGGUCUCAGAUCGUACUGCGCAAAAUUGGUUCAAACGAUUCAACGACGGCGACACGGACCUCGAGGACAAGACACAUUCAGGCCGACCUACGACAGUGGAUUCUGAAGCAAUCCGUGAAGCUGUCGAGACCAAUCCAUCAGUAAGUACUCGCAGAUUGGCGGCCGAACUCGGUAUUCCCCAAACAUCAGUUGUACGACAUCUUCACGCUCUUGGAAAAGUCAAUGGACGCCGCUAA